AUGCCUAUUUCCUACGACAAGUGGGAUAGGCUCGAGGUGUCGGACGACUCUGACGUCGAAGUACACCCAAACGUCGACACAAAGAGCUUCAUCCGAGCCAAGCAGCGCCAGAUCCACGAACAGCGAGCCCAGCGAAAGCAUGAGAUAGAAACGCUGAAAUACGAACGAAUCAUCAACGACGGACUGCUCGAACGUAUCAAUGCCCUGCUAGACGCUCUGAAGAGGCAUCAAGAAGAUGCAAACAAGAAGAACCCAGACGAGGUUGUGUUUCAAAGUCUGAUCGAGAGCGCCGGUGAUCCUGCCAAAGAUGAACCCCCCAAGCCCCCCGAGGGUGUCUACACGCAUCAGAAGGAACAGCCCAGGUAUUCUAAGAUGAUGGGUGCUCUGGUGGACCAGGUCAAGAAAGAGGUUGACGAGAAGAAAGACAAAUCCACAGACAGAUAUGCAGACUUCUUGCAGGGUGUGAAUGGCCAUCUCACCAAGGUCCAGAAGUUACAGCAGGACCUAUUGAAGCGGCUUGCGGAGCUAGAGAAGGAAGCAACCGCGAAAAUCACGAGCGAGGACAUCCAUUUCGGUUUCGAUUCGUCUCAUAUCAAUAAACCGAAGCCAGCUGCGACCCCUGCCGAGAAGCCCAAAGUCAAGGAGAAGACCAAGACCGAGACCGUGGAAUUGCUCAAUGCACCCAAAGGUCUAAGCUCACAGACACGGGAUGCGCUCAAGUCUAGUGAGGGCGCAGUUUCUUCGGGUGCGGAGGCGGACAUUGAAGAUGAUGCUCUCCUGGACAAGCACGAAGAUGAGGAAGAAGACGAGGCAAACCUCAAGCUCACGCCAGAAGGCAAACAGUUUGCAAAGAUCAAGAUUGGAGACUACCGGGCAUGCCUGCAAUUCAUUUCAGAGCAUCCGAACAUCGUCAAUGAGAAGACUCAAGACGCCCUCAUGAUCGAAGCCUUCAAUGCUCAGAUGAAAGGACAGGAUACUUAUGCGCGAACCUGCGUACAUCAGAGUCUCCUAAUCCAAUACUGUCGCCAAUUGGGUCGGGACGGCGUUGGAUUGUUCUUCAAGCGAAUCACCACAAAAGGUCAUCAAGCGCAACAGGUAUUCAACAAGGACUUGACCGAGACAUACGGUCGCAUCAAAACUCGUGCGGCCGAGUUACAGAAGGAGGAAGGAAAUGACCCAGCGGGUGUGGAACAGAUUCAGCUUCAUGCUGUCGAACCUGGGACAGAAAUCCACAUCAACGUGCCACAGGCCGGCUCGGAUGAUCCUGUCGAACAGGAGUCACGCAAAAUCUUCGAUCGUUUCCCGCCAGGACUACAACGUGCGUUAGAGAGUGGCAGCUUAGACGAGGUCAACAAAGUUCUUGGGAAGAUGAGCGUGGAUGAAGCUGAGGAAAUUGUGGAAUUGCUGGGCCAAGGUGGCAUGCUCAGUCUCCAGGAAGGAGUCAUUGACGCCACCAACGAAGAGGGCCAGAAGAGGCUGAAAGAGAUCGAGGAGGAAGAGAAGCGGAGGAAAGCUGAAAUGGCACAGAGCGUCGAGGCUGAAGGCUCGGGGUUGGGAGAGCCUGGCGAGGCUGUAAGCUCGUAA